CGCCAGAAGCCGAAGGGGGUGAGGUCGAGGACGACGAGGUGGAACUGUUGAUCGUGAAAGCCUGGCGGACGAGUACGGAAGGAGAAUUGUUGGAGGUACUAUUCGGCAAGGUGGAGGAAGGCCACCUGGACGCAAUCACGGACGAGUUGUUGGUGUUUUUGGCGCAGCUAGUGGACGACUUGCCCCUCGAUAUUCUUUCGAGGUGCGACGAGAAGCCGAGGACAGACGUGCUCACUCGCACGCUUGCGCCCCAUCUGGUGUGGUCCAGGUGUAUGGAGCUGGACGGAGAUAACUGCUUUUACCCGUCCCCGAGCCUCUAUCUCGAGAUUGACGUCACCGAUCUCACACUGUGGGACCCCUUCAUCAGGCGAGGGAACGCAAUAGAAGCCAGUUACGAAGAAGAAGAAGAAGAAGGAGAGGAGUCGGAGGAAGGAGAAUCGUGCACUAAUCAAGACGAUCCCGACUACAUUGGGUCUGAGGAGGAGGAAGAGGGAAGAGGAUCGAAGGAACCAAGCGUCCAUCCCCCAUGAAGCAAGGAAGAGGAGGAGGCUGAAACUCCGCGAAGGCGAGAGAAAGCAAAGGGCAAGCGGCUGAUCGAGGAAUCUGAAGGGCCGCCACCACAGCUGCAGCUGGGCGAUCCAUCGUUGAAUCCGGAGCCACCACGCG